AUGGACUCCAUCGCCAGCAAAUGCGAGUCGAGCGCCUUCACAUUGCCCAGUGUCUAUGGCGCCGAGUUCCAGAGCAUUGCGGCUUCACUAGUUGAGAAUCACUCCACCUUCGUGCCGUACUCCAAUAAUCCAAACUCUGGCGAUGUCGAUGCACAAAACUUGCAGUUCUGCAGCGUCACCAUCACUCAUACACAUCCAGGCACCAAUGACAAGGUCACAACUAAAAUUCUCCUACCUAUAAAACCGACCUGGAAUCACCGCCUUCAAGGUAUCGGUGGCGGAGGCUGGGUAGCAGGUCUGCACCCAGUCAUUGACGAACGCAUGUAUGCAGGCCUUGCGGGAGGAUACGCGACAGUGGCUACGGAUGCUGGAGUUCCAAUAUCAAACAUCGCUGAUGACUGGGCAUUAUUGAGUCCUGGGAACGUCAAUCUCUAUGCGCUCCAAAACUUUGCAUCUGUUUCCAUCAGCGAUGCCACGCUGGCCGCGAAAAGUAUCGUCAAGGAUUUUUACGGCACGGCCCCAAAGUACUCGUACUUUAGCGGGUGUUCGCAGGGAGGGCGGCAAGGCAUCAUGGCUGCGCAAAGAUAUCCCGACUUGUAUGAUGGAAUUGCGGCUGCUGCACCUGCGAUAUACUACUCACAGCUCUUCAUCUCAGCAUACUACCCACAACAGGUCAUGAGUGAGAUGGGCAAAUAUCCUCGUCCAUGUGAACUCGAUGCACUCACUACCGCUGCUAUCAAAGCCUGCGACGGCCAUGAUGGCGCCCUGGACGGACUCAUCUCCAACCCAGACGCUUGCCAGUUUAACCCUUACUCCAUGGUCGGAAAGACGAUUGACUGCCCGGGUGCUACUGGGUCCACAGUCAGCAUUUCAGAAACCGCAGCCAAGGUCGCCGAAGCAGCAUGGAGCGGCACCCGCGCAAGCGACGGCUCGCAACUUUGGUAUUCGUACGGCUUCGAGACCAAUCUCACCGCCGAGGAAUGUCCUGCGCAGACGACUUGCUCGGCAAAUGGAACUUGCACCGCUGUACCCCGAACCACGUGGACCGACUGGAUCAGGUUGUUUGUAAAGAAGGACGCCAAGUUCAAUGCGCGUACCAUGUCGAGAAAAGACUACGAACAAGUCUUUCUCCAGGGAAUUCGAGAGUUCGACUCGAUAAUCGGGACUGGCGAUCCGGAUCUGCGGGAUUUUCACCGUGCUGGCGGGAAAAUGAUUACGUAUCACGGAAUGGCGGACAACGGUAUUCCAUUCCGCAACACAAGACAUUACUAUGACGCCGUGAAAGAAAUCUCGCCUGAUGUCCACGACUUCUUCCGACUAUUCGAAGCUCCAGGAUUGAGCCACUGCACGGGAGGAGCUGGUGGGCAGCCUCUGGGUGUUAUGGACGCGCUUGUGAACUGGGUUGAGCAGGGUGUCGCUCCUGAUUCUUUGGAUGCUGUCAAUACGUUCAACAAGACGAACUUGCUGUGUCCCUACCCUCAAAGGGCGUGGGAUCCAUCGGUGUACUUGCACUGGAAGUAA